AUUUGGUCUUGGGAGCUCGCAGCCAAACCCUGGAGAGGAGUAUUCUUGCCUGCUGUGUCAUCCACUCCUCCCGCCCUCUGUGGCAGGAACAGAGGGAAAGUUUCCUAUUGCUGUUGGUUCUUCCCUCUCUUGUCGUUCUUUUGGGCCUCCUCCUGCCAUCUUCUUCUCUUCUGCUCCUUGUUCUCUCCCCAGGUAACAUCCCUAGAAUGGAACAUGACCAAAAUGGAGCUGGCCAGCAACCCCCACCUCCCAUAAGCAGCCCUGAAGCGCUGCCUACUGAGAAUGGUCUAGAGCAACAAAGUGAAAAGUCGCCUCCGAGGCCUCUGUCCCCUGAGAACGCAGCGCAUUCUCAGCCUGAAAUAAAGCUGUGCGAUAUAUCUGAGGAGCUGAGCCGACAGCUGGAGGACAUUAUUAAAACCUACGGCUCAGCUGCCAGCCCGGUGGAGGAAAGGAAUGCUAAAGCGACGACAGACAGACCUGAGAAAGGAGAUUCCUUUAAUAAUGAGGAUGGAGAAUAUGAGGAUGCCCAUGACGAGGCUGAGAAGGAACAGGCAGCUUCUGGGGAUGCAUCUGGAUCAAAGGAAUCCAGCAGCCAGAAAGACCAGAAGCUGGAAAAGAAAAUCCUGAAGGGACUAGGAAAAGAAGCUACCCUGCUGAUGCAACAUUUGAACAAGCUGAAUACCCCAGAAGAGAAGCUGGAGAUCCUAUUUAAGAAGUAUGCUGAACUGCUAGAGGAACACCGUACUGAACAGAAGAAACUAAAGUAUCUGCAGAAAAGGCAGGCACAGCUCACAAAGGAGAAGGACCAGUUGCAGAGUGAACACAGUAGAGCCGUCCUUGCCCGAAGCAAACUGGAAAGUCUCUGCAGAGAGCUACAAAGACACAACAAAACCCUGAAGGAGGAGACCCUUCAGCGAGCAAGAGAGGAUGAGGAGAAAAGGAAGGAGAUCACUAAUCAUUUCCAAGGCACCUUGAACGAUAUCCAGGGGCAGAUUGAGCAGCAAAGUGAAAGGAACAUGAAGUUGUGCCAGGAGAACAGUGAGCUGGCAGAGAAAUUGAAAAGUAUCAUAGAUCAGUAUGAAGUCAGAGAGGAGCACCUAGAUAAGAUAUUUAAGCACAGGGAGCUUCAGCAGAAACUGGUGGAUGCCAAGCUGGAACAGUCGCAGGAAGUGAUGAAAGAAGCUGAGGAACGACAUCAGCGAGAGAAGGAAUAUCUACUUAACCAAGCUGCAGAGUGGAAACUACAAGCAAAAAUGCUGAAGGAGCAAGAGACAGUUCUCCAGGCCCAGCUUGCUCUCUAUUCUGAACGAUUUGAGGAGUUUCAGAAAACCUUGACAAAAAGCAAUGAGGUGUUUGCCAGCUUCAAGCAAGAGAUGGAUAAGAUGACCAAGAAAAUGAAAAAGUUGGAAAAGGAUACAGCUACGUGGAAAGCAAGGUUUGAGAACUGCAAUAAAGCUUUGUUGGACAUGAUUGAAGAGAAAGCCAUGCGAGCCAAGGAAUACGAGUGCUUUGUAGUGAAAAUUCAAAGGCUGGAGAAUCUGUGCAGAGCUCUUCAGGAUGAAAGGAAUGUGCUGUACAAAAAAAUAAAAGAUGCAAAAUUCCCUGAGGAGAAGGAGGAGGAGGAGGAAGAGGAGGAGGAAGAACAACCACCACCACCACAACUAAGUGGACAGGACGAUGGUCUGAAAAAUGAGGCUAGUGUGAGCUCCUCUGUUGUAGACCAGGCUGCUGCUGCUGCUGCUGCUGCUGCUGAGCUACCUGCCACUGAUGAGAAUAUUCUGAAGAAUCUGGCUGCAGCUUUCAUGGUGACCCAUCAUGAGGGAAUGCUCCCAAUAACCGCUGAUGUGGACACACCUGAAGCCCUGGGAGCCACUAAUGUAGAAAUGUCUGAAGAACCGUGUAAUCUGCAAGCAUGUGGUCCAGUUUGUCCCCCAGAGCCAUUGCUCCCAAUGCCACAAGACACAGAGAAUCUCUCCAUACAGCCAGCAGCAUCCACACCCACAGCAGAAAAACAUGAAGGGGACACGGCGAAACAACUUGCUCAGGGUCAUCCGGUUCUGCAGUUGUUGGAUGCUGACAUGGAAGGUGUCGACUAGUAUUAAUGUGAUUAUAUUUCUUUCCCAACUGCCAUCCUUUCAUAUAUUUUUGUUCUAAUUAUGCGGCUUUAAAACGUUCACAGAUUUGCUCCUCAUAAUCGUGGGACGUGUCUUGUGUCUGUGACAUCGAGCCCCGUCGGUAGCGAUGCAUUUUCAGUUUGCCCACUUUUUCAUCAAAUCAAAGCAAAAAAGUGCUUUCCUAAAGUGUCACAAAACGAUUGGUGUUUGCUCCCAUCAACCCGUUUUGAAAAUCCGUAAGACUCCCUACUUUAAGAACUACAGCACUUUAAUUCAACAUGCUCUCACAAACACCUGAGCACGUUAGUUUGGUCUGAGGUGCCAGAAUGUCACUUCUAAAUAUAGGAAUAAAUGUUACAUGGGGGAAGCAUACUUGGGGAAGUAGAAGCUGGAAAAGCAGUAAUGUGAGGGUCAAAUCUUAUUCCAAAGUAACUACUAAUUAGUCUAUGAUCUUCAAAACAUUUUUGUUUGGACAGAUUCUCCCGGCUUCAAGCAAUUGUGUGUAUCCCUGGGACCCCAAUUCUUUUCUUUGCCCCCAACGCAAUCCUUUUCUCACAAGGAAGAAUAGUUGUCUAUGACAGUGUUUCCCAACCGGUGUUCCGCAGCACACUUGUGUGCCGUGAGACCUUGCCUGGUGUGCCGUGGGAGGGAGGCGGGAGAGGCGGGGCGGC